UGCUCUUGCUGUGGAGCAAGACAUCACUUCAUUUACAUUUAUCCAUCUUUACAGGGGACUACUUGUAGCAGUAUUACAUUCACCUGCGACAACACAAUAGAAGGCACACAUGGAGAUUCCUGGAAUACCGAUGGUGGCGUACCUGAUAGGGAUGGAGCCCACUGGAACAUUACAGGAGGAGAAAGAGGCGGUUUCAGAGGCCGUGGCAGAGGAUUCGGCAGAAUGGAUCAGAGUGAAAUGAAUGACUUUAGAGGAGGAAUCAGAGGAGGAAGAGGCCGUGGAGGAGGAGGUUUCAGACAAGGAGGUGACGAGAGCACCAGUGGAGGCUUUCGAGGAGGCUAUCGUGGCAAAGAUGAAGAAAUCUUUUUUGAAGGGAACAACAAAAAUCGUGAGACUAAGGAUGUGAGCGACAGUGACAAACCAAGGGUCCUGUAUAUUCCCCCAGCCCUCUCUGAAGAUGAAGACUCAGUUUUUUCCCACUAUGAGACAGGCAUCAACUUUAACAAGUACGAUGACAUUACAGUGGAUGUCAGUGGACCAAACCCACCAAAGGCUAUUAUGACUUUUGAUGAGGCAGAAUUGUGUGAGACCCUGAGAAGAAAUGUCAGCAAGUCUGGUUAUGUGAAGCCGACUCCUGUGCAGAAGCACGGUAUUCCAAUCAUUUCUGCUGGCAGAGAUCUCAUGGCCUGUGCCCAGACUGGAUCUGGUAAAACGGCCUCCUUCCUGCUCCCCAUUCUGCAGCAGCUGAUGGUAGAUGGAGUGGCAGCCAGUUGCUUCAGUGAGCUGCAGGAACCUGAAGCCAUCAUUGUUGCCCCAACCAGGGAGCUCAUCAACCAGAUCUACCUGGAGGCCAGGAAGUUUGCCUUUGGAACAUGUGUGCGUCCGGUAGUCGUUUAUGGUGGAGUCAGCACUGGAUAUCAGAUAAGAGAAAUAUUAAAGGGAUGCAAUGUGCUGUGUGGAACACCAGGGAGACUGUUGGAUAUGAUUGGAAGAGGAAAGGUAAACAAAUUCAGAUUUUUCAGUCAUUUGAUAUGCAAAUCAAAGUUGUACAGUUUUUAGUUUAAAGCAUAAACU